AUGGGGUUCCUGACGUCCCGCGUCGUCGACUUCCUGGGGGGCCCGUUCGAGCAGGUGAACGUGCCCGCCGCCGACGUUGCCCUCAGUAAGGCGACCGUGGACUACACGGGCGAGCCCGUGGCCAAGGCCGACUGGCCCGACCCCAUGCCUCGAGCCAGGGUCAACGUCGUGGACGAGGCGCGUUGGCGCGAGCUCGCGGUGCACCUCGUGGAGCUUGGGAUUUUCGCGGUGCUGAGCGAGGACCAGCUCGUCAGGGUGCGGGGCGAGCCGUUCUUGAACGGCCUCUUCGCUGUGGAGAAGAAGGGCAGGCCAGGGCCAGGCGCCGAGCGGGUCACCAGGCUGAUCUUGAACAUGGUCCCUGGCAACGCCCUGCUCAAGCCGCAUGUCGGUGAGGCGUCACUCCUCGCGGCGUCUACGAACUGGGUGUCCUUGCACAUCCCCGAGGGGAAGUUGCUGCUGUGGUCGGGUGACCACCAGAAGGGGGCCUUCUUCGUCUGGAGAAUCCCUAAGGCCUGGCACCCCUACAUGGUGGUCGGCAGGUCCCUCCCUGCCGCGCCCUUCGGGCGCCCCGAGCGGCAGGUGUUUGUCGCGGCCGCAGUGAUUGCCCUGGGGUGGAUGUCGGCGGCCCCCGUCUUCCAGCGCACCCACCGCAGGCUGCGCCGCCUGCCGCCGCCCAGGGGUGCAGGGCUUCCGCCGGGGCUGGAGUGGCGGAAGGUGUACGUCGACGACUUCGACGCGCCCGAGAUCGCAGACGAGGUGCGGGCGCGGCAGCUUGUGGGCACUGAGGCGGACUGCCAGCAGCGCGUUCGGGAGAGCUACGAGCGCGCUGGCGCGGCCUGCGCGGCGGGGGAGGCUCACCUGCGGGAGACGCGGGUUGAGCGCAUGGGAUCCGACGUGGAUGGCCUCAGCGGACGGCUGGCAGCGCCGCGCCCCCAGGUGCUGAGUACCGCUGCCCUUUGCCUCGCGACUUUGUCGCAGGAGCGGGUGCCCCGGCGGGUGUGCAUGAUGGUCCUCGGCAAGCUGGUGCGGGCUUUUGAGUUUAGACGCCCGCUCUUCGGCCUCCUCAACUCCGCAUGGUCUCUGUCGACGGCGCGAUCGACGGUCCGGUGCAAUGCCGAGAUGGUCGAGGAGCUCCUCUUGGGCCUUAUGUUGCUGCCCGCAGCGGCCACCUCUCUCCGCGCCCGCGUCGAGGGGAUGGUCACGGUCUCAGACGCCUCAGAGUUCGGGGGCGGGGUCUGCGCGUCCACGAGCCUUCGUGGGGAGGCGGCAUCGGCCUUCAAAUCCGUGGGUCAAUUCGCUGAUCACCUCGGCGUGGGCGCUCGGCUGCUCAACGUGCCUGUAGAGCUGCGGUGCCCCUGGCCCGUGUCUAGCCCGAGGGUCCCGAGGGCAGUUGUGUUGAAGGUGCUUAAUGUCCUAGUCGUGGGGCUCUUCGACGGCAUCGGCGGCCUCUCGGUGUCGCUCUCGAGGCUGCCCGUCAGGAUCGUUGCCUAUGUCGCCGCCGAGACCGACGCGAAGGCCAGGCGAGUUGUCCGGCUGCGUUGGUCAGGCGCGAUCGACUGGGGCGACGUGGCGCGGGUGGACGAGAACCUGGUGCAGGACCUCUUGGACACGUUCUCGGAGACGGUGGGCGUGUGCGUCGCUGGCGCGGGCAGCCCGUGCCAGGAGCUCUCGCGCCUCAACGCGAGCGGUGGAGGCCUGCAUGGCCGCAAGGGCUCUCUGUUCUACGAGGUGCCCAGGAUCUUCCGUCUCCUGCAGCAGGCGUUGGGGCGGCGGUUCUACUCGCUGCUCGAGAACGUGGCGAACAUGACAGACGAGAAUGUCAAGGCCAUGUCCAGCUCCAUGGGAGUUAAGCCGUACUUCAUCUGCUCGUCGGUCAUGGUGCCGUGUCGCAGGCCGCGGUUCUUCUGGCGCAGCUGGCAGUUCCAAGUGACGCCGCCGCUGCGCCUUGUCGACAGGGGCUACUACAUCGAGGUCGUGACAGACAACGGGCCGCUGCUGGACAUCGAGUGGGAGGACCAGGGGUUUCGCUGGGCAGGGCGCCCGCUCCCAUUCCCGACGCUGGUGUGCUGCAGGCUUCUCCCGAGCUCCCCGUCGGCGCCGCGCGGCCUGGCCUCGGCGUCCAGUGAGGCGCGAGCGCGCUGGCAGGCCGACUCGUUCCGCUAUCAUGUUGCGCUGUGCGUGGAGAAACAUCCCGCCCAGGAUUGUUCUGGGAAGCUGCCGGGGAGGCUGCCAAGCUGCACGUGGAGAGAACGAUUGCUCGGGUUCGAUGAGGGCUGCGCCGCGGUGGCCACGGAGGGCUCGAACCCGCUGGCCGCCUCAGACGCCGGGGCCUUCCUGCUUGGGAACAGCUUCAGCGUCUAUGUGGUCGCAUGGGCUUUGCAGCGCGUCCGCCUGAUCGCGCGCGUCGGCCAGUGCCGCGAGACCUGGGGCCAGCGCGGCUGCUUCGAGGACAGCGCGGGCGACCCGAACACCGAGGAGACCAGGUCGUUUGCGGCCAUCGUGACCAAGGGUCGGAGCAGCAGCCGCCGCUUGCAGCCGGCGCUGAGGCGCUGGAUGGCCAUGGCGAUCGCGGCGGACAUGUGCCCGCUGACCGGCUACGUGGUCUCGGGGGGCAGCCCGGCGGACGAGCCGUCGCGUAAGCUAUGGCGUGGCUCGCGGCUCAGGAAGCGCGGCGAGGAAGGUACACGCGCAGUGCAGGACUUGCUGAGGCACUGCGGGGCGAGCCCUCAGGAGGUGCGUAACCUGGGCGACGGGGCAGAGGAUGCAGACAGCCUUGUCGCCAGCUAUUUGGAGGCGAUCUGGCAGAGCGGAGCAGGCUGGGUCCUGUCGUGGGCGCUCCUGGAGGCCUGGCGUCGAGCGGAGCCUGCAGAGCGGGCGCUGCCGUUCACGCCCGACAUCGUCGCGGGCAUGGCAGGCCUGGCGGCGGAGGCCGGGGCGUUCGACGUGAGCUGCCUGCUGCUCAUCAGCUUCGAUGGCCCGCUGCGGGGUGGCGAGGAUUUUGCGUUGACGACGGACGACGUUCUAGACCGAGGUGACUCAGUCGUGCUGCGGAUCAGGACAUCUAUGACGACAGCGGGCAAGGACGCUGCAGAGGCCGUCGCCAUCCGUUCAGCAGUUGCCAAGGCAAUGCUCAGGCUAGUCGUGCAGCAGCGACCCGCAGGCGAAGCCCUGUCGUGGAGGUCGCCCGCCCAGCUCAGAGGUGCGCUCGGGGCCCUCGCGCGCGGCCUGGGCCGUCUUGGGCGCUUCUCAUGGCACUCUGCCCGACGAGGAGGCGCCUCAGACUUUUUCCUGCGGUCGGCCUCCAUGGGGGCCACGCUUGUCAAGGGCAGGUGGGCCAGCAGCAUGACGGCCGGCAUCCGAGUCGAGGGUGCGGUGGCAGACCUCGCGCGUGUGGGGCCCACG